CUGCUAGGAGGGCUCGCUGGAAGAGGUCAAAGGGAGCGAGCUGGUGGGCGUGUUUGAGCGCCUCGUCGCGCUGGGUAUGUCGCCAGAGCCAGCUGCGGUCACAGCCAAGAAGUUUGGCGCGCAGCUGAGAGAGCUGGGCGAGAUGGGCUUUGAGGACUGGCUCGAGGCGGUCGCGCUGCUCGAGCGCUACAACGGGCGAGUGCUGCGGGUGGCAAACCUCCUCAGCGAGCGCGCAGCCGAGGGAGCGCCAGCGGAGCUGCCGCCCGCACCCGCCGCCGCGGUCGCGUCGGCUUCAGCGGCUGCACCUGCGCCAGCGUCUGCUCCAGCAGCAACGGCACCCAAAGCGACGCCAUUGGAUAAGGAGGUGGUCGCCGCCAGGUUCCGCGAGCUGGUCGCAGGAGGCAUGGCUCCGAACGACGCCGCGACCCGGGCGAUCCAGCUGGUGCGCGAGGAGGUGCGCGGCGGCGGGGCGCAGCCCGCGGCGCAGCCGCCCGCGGCGCCCGCGGCUGCGGUGUCCGAGGCCCACGCGGACCCCUCGUUCGAGGACAAGCUGCCGGACCUCGCCGCCAUGGGGCUCCUCCCGGCUGCCACAGCCGCACGUCCUUCCACCUGCACUCGGGACACUAUACUCAGGACUCCCACGCAGGCCAGGGUAAAUGCAUCGCUCCAGAUUCGGAGGGCAGCAGCGGGGUCGGCCUCUUCUGAUCCCCUCUGGCCUGGCCCAGGUUUGGGAGCCACGUGGAGUCAACAUAACACGUGGUACGAUAUCGCCAGGCUUACAAGUAACGGGAGCAUCACAAGUCCAGUAGGCGUACACUAGCCAGCCUUGGAUUGGGAAUUCUGUCGUCUCUGCGGUGGGCCUCUGCACUCGACCAGAAGUUGUCAGUGCUUGAGGACAGCACGCAGCAUUAAGGAAGGACCUGGCACAGUACGCCAUGCUCCCUUCCACUGCUUUUCCGCCAUCACUCUUCGGAAACAUACGAUUGAAUCGUGGCACAGAUUUUCUCGCUGCGGGGCAGUUCGGAAGGGCACGUAGGACGUCUCCUGGGCGACGCCAGGAGAGCCGACCGACUAGCAUAGACACUGAGUUCGCUCUUUCUUUGGUGGGCGGCGUUGCUAAAAUCAUUCUGGAUUGGCGAUGCGCCCACUGACAUGUUGUCAUGGCUUAGGAUCUUUUCA